AUGAACACAGCAGUGGUGACGACGAUCGAGACCCACACGUGUGGGGAGCCGUUCCGGAUCGUGACGAGCGGGCUUCCGAAGAGAAUACCGGGCGCCACGCUCUUGGACAAGAGAAACUACAUCGAGCAGCACUACGACCACCUGCGCAAGACGCUGAUGCGGGAGCCCCGCGGACACUACGACAUGUUUGGAGGAAUCCUGCUCGACCCCGUGGACACGGCGGCAGACGCAGACGCCGCGAUCUUGUUCAUGAACCCGGACGGAUACACGGACCAGUGCGGCCACGGAAUGAUCUCUGUGGUGACGACGCUCAUACAGCACGGCUGGAUCGGCAGAGACAAGUACCGCGUGAAACCCGACCUCAUGAGGGUGAUGUUGGAGACGGCGGUGGGCGUCAUCGAGACCGAGGCGUGCUGGAACGGACGCAAGGUGGAGUUUGUCAGGUUCAGAAACACGGCGGCCUUCAUCCUGUACCGCGACAUCCCCGUGGACACGAGCGUCGGACCGCUUAAGGGCGACAUUGUCUUCAACGGUGCCUUCAACUUCUUCGCGGAGGUGGACGAGUCGGUGCUGGCGAUCCGCCCGGAGAACGCGACCACGAUUGUCAACCUCGGCUUCGAGAUCAAGAGGAAAAUCAAGGAGAUGCCCGGGCUGAGCAUCGUCAGCAAGGACUUCCCGCAGAUCCAGGGCUUGCACGGCGUGGACCUCAUCAACGUCUACCACAAGGAGGACCGCAGCGACAUAUGCGAGCCGAACCAGCGCUCCUGCUUGGUCUUGGGCGUCAAGCAGUUGGACAGGUCACCGUGUGGCUCGGGCACUGCCGGCCGGACGGCCCAGCUCUGCCUCCGCGGCGCCAUCGACACGAGGGACACCUACGUGAACAAGUCGCUCAUCGGGUCUUUGCUGCGUGCCCGUGUCGUCGAGUCCGGCAUCAAGGCCCACGCCGGAGAACACGACGCCUGCAUCGUCGAGAUUGAGGGCCAGGCUAACGUGCUCGGCACCACCUCCUGGACCGUCGACUUCGAGGACCAGAUCGGUCUCGAGGGCUUCGUCAUUGCGCACUGA